GUCACUUAUCUGAGGGGUGCUCAACACAUUCUUCUCUGAAAACCUGAAGCUGUUUGCCUACCUGCCGUGAUGAAUAGCAACAUGCUGAUUUGUGCUCCGGUGUGUUUGUUCCUUUGCUUGAUGCUGUCUGUAGUCUCCAAGAAGAUUGUCAAUCUACGAGAGGCAAAGCAGGACCCCAUUCGACUGAGCAUGGUUGAAGAUAGUGUUGAUGACAUGUACUUUGGCUGCGACAAAACAAUGACAGAAAUGAUGAAGGUUUACUUUGACAAAGAGAACCAUGAAAUAUUUAAAACUGCCUGGAAAAAGGCAGGACAUUGUGCAAACAAAAAACAAAAAGGUAUAGACAAAGGGGAUGAGGCUUUAACUAAGGAUCACUUGCAAGCAAUCUGUGUUUAUACAUCGGAAAAUAUAAAGUUGUAUGAGAUGUUCAAUCAUGCAGUCCGGACCAACAGAUCAGGCUAUGGCACUUCCUUCCCAUUUCACUUCUUACAUUUCUGGCUGACAUCCGCUGUACAGAUCCUAAAUACAGACAAUACAAAAUGUCACAAUACUUACCGCAGGACUAAUGUUAAGUUUCGUGGCAAUGUCAACGAAACAAUUCGGUUUGGUUUCUUUGCCUCCAGCUCUCUCAAAAAAACACUGACCCGCUUUGGUAAGACCUGCUUUAAAAUUAAAACCUGUUCAGGUGCUUUCCUGAAACAUUAUCCGGAUAUUGGAAAUAAAGAGGAAGAGGUGCUUAUCCCUCCCUAUGAGAUGUUUAAUAUAACUAAGAAAACGAAAGGUCCAUCUGUGGAUGGUCUGGGUGAUUGUAAGGAUGUCUAUAUCUUGGAGAGCGCCGGAGUUCACAGCAAUGUAAACUGCCAAGCUGCACACCGAAAAAAAGACCUGUGGUUCUUCAACUAAAAUCCAAGCUCAGUGCAAUAUAUCCAUAAAUCCUUCUUGACCAUUAAAUUCAUGCUUGGGGUUCUUUAAUUGUUAUUGCCUUUUCUCAUACUUCCCGACAAAUUUCUAAAAGGCAUUUGCAAUGUGUUUUUGUGCAUUUAUCAGUAUUUCUAUGUGCAACAAAUAUUCUGUAUUUCUGAAUGAAAUCAAUACAUUUUUAAACAGCGACAUUUGUUUUGUUUUCCUUGGUAAAUAUCAGUAGAUAAUCCAUCAACAAGCUAAUGUGAAUAUCAUUUACUGUUUAAUAGGCCUUUUCUGCAAAAU